AUGGGUUCCCUGGUGAAUGUCCUUUUAGCCUUCAGCCUGGUUUGGGGAGCUCUGCUAUGCAGAGUGACUGUGGGCCGUGGCGCUCUGGACAACAUCCAGAAAUUUUCCUCACUACCAACGUAUCUACCUGUAAGAUAUCAGAUCCUGAGUGCUGAUACUUCCUUUUUCCUCAAAGAAGCCAAUCAGGACUUCAUGAGAAACUCAAGUUUGCAGUCUCGGAUGGAGACCUUCUUUACUUAUAAAGCCAAGAAGACCCCUGUGAUUAAUGCUAGUUAUGGGCCAUUCUCGGUAGAACAUGCCGUGCCCCAAGAUCUGCUGUUCGCCUCCAGCCUGUUCGGAUCCACCAACAAGUUUACAUUCAACUGGAAACUGAAAGCCUACAUCAUGAACGAAAAGGUCUACCUGAGCAGACCGAAGGUCCAGAUCCUUUUCUACAUUGUCGGAAGAGACUGGGAUGAUUAUAGUUCGAGCGAACCGCUGCCUUGCAUGCGAGUUUUUGCUUUCCGGGAAACUCGGGAGGUCCGGGGCAGUUGCAGGCUAAAGGGGGACCUCGGAUUGUGUGUAGCUGACCUGGAACUUCAGCCCGCCUGGUUUAACCCGCUGACGGUCGUCUCCGGACGCAAGAAGGCUCCUGAUCCCUCUGACCCAAGUUCUAUCGAGCUUUACUACACCAUCCAGCCCGGGGACGAGAAUGGGGAGUGCACCACAGAGGACAUCAGGAAAGGAAAUGCCAUCAGGCCAGGAAAGGAAGGCUCAGGGGAAACCAUGUCUCAUUUGCAGAGAAUCGGUUCCGUCAGUCUCUAUCGGACCACGGAGAGCUCUCAGCUGACGGAGCUGCGGCUGGACGGCAACGUGGUCAUCUGGUUGCCAUCGAAACCCGUCAGGCAAGGAGAAGUUGUGAGUGCCCGUGUGACCGUCACGAACAAUGUCACGGUGGACCAGUUCAUUCUGAGGGCAAAGGUGAAGAAAGGGGUCAACAUCCUCCGUGCCAAAGCAAGCGACCCGCAGCAGUGGGACGUGACGCAAGAGGUGGGGAAUGGCGGGAAACACUCCACCACCACCGUGAUGUGUCAGAGAAUAAGCCAGAGUGCAAAGAGCAGGAACAGCAACGAUCUCUUCAGUGAGGUGGUGCAGUUGAACUUCGAAAUCGCCAGCUUCAGCAGCCUUUCGGGGACCCAGCCGAUCACUUGGCAGGUGGAAUAUCCCCGGAAGAGGACAACCGACACGGCCCUCUCGGAAAUCUUCAUUUGCCAAAAGGAUCUUGUGGGGAUUGUUCCUCUGGCAAUGGACACCGAGAUCCUGAACACAGCAAUCCUCACCGGGAAGACGGUAGCAGUCCCUAUCAAGGUGGUCUCGAUAGAAGAGAACAGUGCCGUGACGGACAUUUCCGAAUCGGUGGAAUGCAAGUCCUCCGCUGAGGAUGUUGUCAAAGUUUCUGACCGGUGUGACUACGUUUUUGUCAACGGCAAAGAAGUGAAAGGCAAAGUGGACGCCAUGGUGAACUUCACCUACCAGUACCUGAGCGCUCCCCUGCAAGUCACGGUGUGGGUGCCGCGUCUCCCUCUUCAAAUUGAGGUGUCCGACACUGAGCUGAGCCAAAUUAAGGGCUGGAGGGUUCCCAUUGUCUCCAACAAGAGGCAAACCCGGGACAGUGACGAUGAGGACGACGAGGAGCGGAGAGGGCGGGGCUGCGCCCUCCAGUACCAGCACGCCAUGGUGCGAGUCCUCACCCAAUUUGUCGCCGAGGAUGCCAGCCCCUGGGGCCAGCUGAGCUAUUUGCUGGGCUCCGACUGGCAGUUCGACAUUACGGACUUGGUGGCUGACUUUAUGAAGCUGGAGGAGCCUCACGUGGCCCAGCUGCGGGGAGGCAAGAUCCUGAUUGGGCAGGAGGUUGGCAUGACGAUGGUCCAGGUCCUCUCGCCACUUUCGGACUCCAUCUUGGCAGAGAAGACCGUGACGGUGUUGGAUGACAAAGUGACCAUCACAGACAUGGGGGUGCAGCUGGUAGCGGGGCUGGCACUCUUCCUUCAGCCCAGCACUGCGAGCAACCGGGCGAUCGUGGCGACGGCCGUGGCUCAGGACCUUCUCCACACCCCCAAACAGGAAGCCAUCGUAAGCUCCUGGAUCCAGUUCAGUGAUGGCACUGUGACUCCGCUGGAUAUAUAUGAUCCCAAAGACUUUUCUCUCUCUGCUUCAUCAUUAGAUGAAUCGAUCAUUUCAGCCCAUGCAAGUUCUACCACAAAAUGGCCAGUGGUGGCAGCAGAAGGUGAAGGACAAGGCACAUUGGUCAAAGUGGACAUGAUGAUCUCUGAAGCUUGCCAGAAGUCCAAGAGGAAGAGCAUCCUAGCGGUGGGCAAUGGUAGCAUCAAGGUGAAGUUUGGCCAGAAUGACGCCAACGCCCACAGCAUCAGUGAUUAUGACGCCGACGAGAUCGAAAACCACGCGAGCGACCGAAGGCAGAAGGCGUUGGACCCCGAGCGGUAUGGCCAAGACGGGCGAUACCUCGGGAGUUCUUCCGCCGAACGAGAAGAAGGUGCCGUACGGAAAGCCAGCACCACGGCCAAGUCUGUGGUCAAAGGCAAAGUGCUGAAGAGCAACCUUGCCGGAGAAAAGCUCUCCGACGACGGGCAGCUGCAGAACAUCCCCAUAGACUUCACCAACUUUCCAGCGCAGAUCGACCUCCCCAAAAGCGAUGGAGGUGUGGGGGACAAUGACCUUGUGCAGGCCCCCCGGGGACUCAGUGACUUGGAGAUUGGGAUGUAUGCCCUCUUGGGGGUCUUCUGCCUUGCGAUCCUCGUCUUCCUGAUCAACUGUGCCACCUUCACAUUGAAAUAUCGGCACAAGCAAGUUCCAGUGGAAGGGCAGGCCACCAUGAGCCACUCUCAUGACUGGGUGUGGCUGGGGAACGAAACCGAACUGUUGGAGAACCAAGUGGACAUUUUGCCCCCACAGGAUGAACGCACGACGAACGUUGACCGAGGGAUCGGCUCGGAGGAGAGCAACCAGCUCCUCAAUGGUAGCAUGCCAAAAAGCAUCCAGGGCCAACUGCACAGGUCAUCAGACUCAGGGGGGAGACAAGGGAAAGAGCAAAAGCUCGAGCCCCCCUUGCAUUCACCCACCUCCAAGCGAAAGCGGGUAAAGUUCACCACGUUCACCACCAUCCCUCCGGAUGACAGCUGUCCGACUGUCAACUCCAUCCUCAACUGCAAUGAAGACGACAUAAAAUGGGUUUGCCAAGAUAUGGACCUUGGGGAAACAAAACACUACAUGGAGAAGCUCAAGGAGGAAGCAUAGCCCUGGUUCUUGGGUGCUUUGGGGGGGUCGCAAACCACACCUUGAUGCCUUCAGUUGUAUCAGGACAUUGAAAAUAGGAUGGAAGGUUGGGGGACUGAAUAGUCUGGAAAAUGAGGCCAAUUUUGUAAUCAGGGAGAGAGGUUUGCUCAGCCUG